CUCAUGAUUAAUUGAUCCUUCGUGGAGCCAUCUGUCCCAGGCUCGGACUUCUCUUAUUUUCUUGCUGCGACCUCGAGAUGGACCUCCGAAAAUUCUACUUCAACUACAUUUCAGCCAUCAACACCUCCACCGACCUUACGACUGACCUACGACCUUACGUUAAGGAGGGCUUGAUUCACUCUCACGAUGAUAAAACACCCAUGUCCGUUGACGCAUUCGUGCAGAUGAUACGCCAGAGCCAGAAAGAUCUGCCAGGCUUACAUUUCGGCAUCGACAUGCUAGUUGUCGAAAACGAUUCUGCAAAGGAAGACACAGGCAAUAUCGCCUCAAGGAUUAGACUAAGCUACGAGCCUUCACCCGGCAGCACGCAGGUAUUUUUCGAGCAUUGUAUGUACCAUGUCGAAGAGGGUAAAAUUGCAAGGGUAUGGUCGGUUCUAGACGGCGCUGGGCAGAAGUGGUUGGAAGAGCAUUAUGGAGACAAGCCUUGAGGUCUCUCGGUGGCCAUCAAGGCUAGGAUAUGUCGUCGGAAGAAUGUAUACUCGAAAUUUUGUCUCUGGAGUCAGUCCUGGCGGGGAUUGAAGCCGGAGGCUAUGGCCGACUUACAACAUUAAGAAUGAUAUUCUUCCAACUACCUAGGUGCCUAGUAUCUACGAGGUAGGUACCGUUACUAAUAGUCACAGAACUAGUACCUAACUAUUUUUAUCACGGUAAUCUAUACUGUUACUAUUCCCUUCCCCCCCCCCCCCCUCCUCGUCCC